CGUAGGAGAUUGUAAAAGACUCUGUGAAGUGUGCGUGAGAAAGGAACAGAGAGAAGAAAAAGAAAAAAGAUGGAAGGAGAGAAAGAGAAUCCCGAUUGUAACGCCACUUUGGUGAACUCCUUCUGCGAAAUCACUUCCUCUUCCAAAGAAGAAGCCCUUUUCUUUUUGGAGAGCCACAAUUUCGACCUAGACGCCGCCGUUUCCACUUUCCUCGACAACGCCAACAACCCUCUCAUCCCUCAAAACGACGACGUCGUUGUCGCCGCAAACCCAAACCCCAACUCCGUUUCCCCUCCCUCCGAUUCUCACUCCCCGGACUUCAACCCUUCCAGGUCUCCUUCGCCGUCUCCGUCGCCGACUCGCACGCCCUACGAGCUCCGAUCCCGCAGGUCUCUCGGCAAGAAACCCUCCACCAGCCGCCAAGGCAAAAUUCGCACUCUCGGCGAUCUCAAACGCUCCUCCCGCGAUGAUGAUUCCGAUUCCGAUCCCGAUUUCGAACCCGACGAGUACUACACCGGCGGCGAAAAGAGUGGGAUGCUUGUUCGAGAUCCUACCAGAGGAAACAGCAACAACAACAACAGUGUGGAUGAUAUCUUUGAUCAAGCGAGGCAGGUUGCUGUUGAUGCACCUCCGGAGAAUCCUCGAAGCUCGUCGAGGUCGGGAAGUUUUAGUGGCACGGCGAGGUUGCUCUCUGGAGAGAGAUUGCCAUCUGCUGCUGCUGCUGCUCCUGCUCCUCAGCGUGUAGAGGAAGUUACCCACACUGUCACUUUCUGGAGGAAUGGGUUCUCUGUCAAUGAUGGUCCUCUACGGAGGUUGGAUGAUCCGCAAAACGCACCGUUUCUGGAGAGCAUAAAGAAGUCCGAAUGUCCCAAAGAGCUUGAGCCAGCAGAUAGGAGGACUGCUGUCCAUGUCAACCUCACAAGGCGGGAUGAAGACUACCCUGAACCAGUGAAGCCACGCCAUCGUGCUUUCCAGGGUGUUGGAAGAACUUUAGGUAGCACCAGCUCCAGCAAUGAUGAACCUAUUCAAACAACUGGUGCUUCACCAAGUACUGCUCCAUUGCCAACAAUGGGUUUAAUUGUAGAUGAGGCACAGUCAGUGACAUCAAUCCAGCUGAGGUUGGCUGAUGGCACACGCAUGGUUUCUCGCUUCAAUCACCAUCAUACAAUCCGAGAUGUUCGAGCAUUCAUUGAUGCAUCAAGACCCGGGGGUGUAAGAAGUUACCAACUGCAGUCAAUGGGUUUUCCUCCCAAACAACUCGCUAAUUUGGACCAGACUAUAGAACAAGCUGGUAUUGCCAACUCAGUUGUCAUCCAAAAGUUGUAGGUUGUUUACCAGAUUCUAUUUUCAGUCGACUUGAAAUUACUAUUUUUAUGCUUAAACAUUGAUUGAUCUACUUAUAUUUUAUUAGUGAAUUUGAUAAAAAUGUUCAUUGUUAGUA